GAGUCGUGGGAGACAUUAUUGGGGUUUGUAUAAAUAAAAAGAAGAAUUGAAUUACAGCAAAUGCUGUCUUCUGAAAAUGCCAAACAUAGUCAAAGUCUUAUUUAGUGGCUAUUCUUCACCAAUAAUUGAAAAAGAAAAUGAAAAACUGCCCUACGUCAAUGCGAAUUGCUCGUGUGUCUUGGUCACCGGCAGUACAAACUUAAUUGUCGACACAAUGACACCCUGGGAUACAAAUCGGAUCUUAAACGCCUUAAAUUCGAAUGGAUUAAGUCCUGAUGAUAUUAACUAUGUGGUAUCCACACAUGGCCAUUCAGACCACACUGGCAACAACAACUUGUUUUUGAAAGCCACACAUAUAGUAGGCUUUGCCAUUUCUGUUAAAGAUCAAUACUUUCUACAUCCAUUUGAUAAAGAUAUCCCAUUUGACAUAAGUGAAGGCAUUCAAGUAAUUCCUACACCAGGACACACAGCUGAUGAUGUUAGUGUCAUUGUGAAGACAGAACAUAUUGGGACAGUUGUCAUAGCAGGAGAUAUUUUUGAACGUGAAGAAGAUAUUGAACACCCUGAUGUAUGGAGAGCCUGUGGUAGUGUCAAUCCUGCGCAGCAGGAACAUUCUCGUGCAAUUAUAGCCAACUUAGCAGAUUAUAUUGUCCCUGGUCAUGGUCCAAUGUUUAAAGUCACAGAUACAAUGAAAAAAAUGCUCUCCAGAAAUGGUAUUAGGAGCCACGAAUGAUUGGAUACUAUCUUAUUUUGGAUUAGCAGCCAUGGAUUCAUUCCCUUUGGAUAAGAGAUAUUUCUGUUAGCAGGUA